GAAGGAACAUCUUUAUCAAUAGAUGAUAUUGAGGGUGAACUUUUUAAUGAUGAUUUCGAAAAUGAUGAUAAUACAAACAAGGAAGUGGAAGAUUUUCAAAGAUUUGUAAUGAAUGGUAUAGAACCUAAAUCAAUAACAUCGUGCAUAAGAUGUUCUGUGCAUUCCUUACAAUUAUGUGUUCUGCAUGGUUUAAAAAAUGCACCUAUAACCAGUUGUAUAAUUGAAGCUAGAAAGGUUGUAAAAAAGCUCAGAACCCCAAAAUAUGCUAGUUGGUUGAAAAGAAAACAUUUAAAGUAUGCUGUAAUUGAUAUAGAGACUAGGUGGAAUUUUCUAUACAACAUGAUCUACAGACUGUUAGAGUUGAAAGAAUUUUGUAAGCUGCACGAUGGAACAAACCCAGAUGUUAGACUAAGGGACUGUGAAUGGGAGUCAAUACAAAGUGUUGUUAAUGCUCUUAAUCCUGCAAAGACAGCUACACUUGCAUUACAAAAGCAAGACCUAAAUUUAGGUGAUUUUUACGGUAUAUGGCUCAAAGCUAUACAUGGAUUAACUGCAGAUGGUUCAAUUCUAGCUAAGACCAUAAAAAUAGCUAUGGAGAAAGAACUUAAGGAAAAAUAUUUGGAAAAUAGCAAAUUCUUAGCGGCUAUUUAUGUUGAUCCCAGAUAUCAGUGCUUACUGACUCAUGAUCAACAAGAUCUUGCAAUUAAUCGCCUUGUUGAAACUUGGGAGACUUUACAGUUAUUAAAAGAUAAGAAUCCUGAAUUGAAUAGGUCCAACUCAUCUUUAGAUGCUGCAGUUCAUAACGAGGUUGACACAAGUGGCCAACAUUCAGAAGAUUUUUUUGAAAAUUUUCUGUCUUCACAAUCAUCUAAUUUAUCUCAAUCGUCCACUUCUUCAAAUCCUACACAAACUAUAACAGCCAUUUUAAAUUAUUUUAAAAACGUCCAGCGAAUUCCUUACACUGAUAUUUUAAUGAAAUAUUGGGAAAACCAAAAAGAAAGUCAUGCUGAAAUAUAUGAGUUAGCUUGUGUUCUCUUAGCAAUUCCUGCCACUCAAGUCAGCGUGGAAAGAAGUUUUUCGGGACUGAAAUUUAUAGUUUCAGAUUUGCGUGCAUCUUUAGAUGAAGAACUUUUGGAGGCUAUAAUGGUUAUUAGAUGUAAUGAACAAUUUAAAAAAUACUUAGUCCAACAUUUACGCAUAACAGACCCAGAAAAAAGAUUAAAUUUUAUUUCUUGGUUUAUGGUGACGUCUGAGGAUGAUCCAUUAUUAAUUAAUCGUAUUUUGUGGACUGAUGAAAGUAAAUUUACUAAUAAUGGAAUAUUAAAUAAGCAAAACAAUCGUUAUUGGUCGAAUGAAAAUCCUCACUGGGCUGUUACUACAAACUUCCAAACAUGUUGGGGUACAAAUGUAUGGGUUGGUUUGAUUGGUGAUAUACGUAAAAACAUUUAUUAUCAGCAAAACGGAGCACCUGCUCAUAAUGCCCGAAUUGUCCAAGAAUUUUUGAGAGUAAGAUUUGGCGAAAAAUGUAUUGCAACACAUGGACCAGUGGAGUGGCCCCCAAGGUCACCAGAUCUAACACCGUUAGAUUUUUUUUGUGGGGAUACUUGA